AUGGACGUUAAAAUAUACGAUCAUGAUGGUCCACAUCAGUUCAAAGGAAAAAAGAUCGUCCACUUGGAUUUAAAGGGCGCUCCCCCCAAGCUAAGUUACUAUAAACCUUUCUUUUCAAUAAUGGCCUCACUAGGCGUUGACGGUAUCCUAAUGGAAUACGAGGAUAUGUUCCCUUAUUCCGGUAGCAUGGAGGUCAUUAGGCGUGAAGAAGCUUAUACUAAUGAAGAAAUAGAAACUAUUAAACGUUGGGCAGAGGAAAAGAAUUUAGAACUUAUUCCUCUUGUUCAAACAUUUGGCCAUUUAGAAUUUGUAUUAAAACAUGACAAAUUUAGUUCCUUGAGUGAAAUUCCAAAACCUCGUCGUGCAAUUUGUCCAUCGAACCAUCAAUCCCUUGUAAUGCUCAAGGAGCUUAUUGAUCAGGUCAUGACGUCACAUCCACACACCAAAUACUUUCAUGUUGGAGGUGACGAGGUAUACGAACUUGCUAAAUGCGCAAAGUGUAAGGAACACAAUUUAUCUAGGAAAGAGAUUUAUGUCCGCCAUGUCAUAGCUGUUUACAAAUAUAUAAAAUCAAAGUGGCCAAAUGUAAAUGUGCUAUUUUGGGAAGAUAUGAUUAGAACGUGGACAAUACCGGAAAUGGAAAAAUUGAAAGGACUUGUACCAAUGGUUUGGGCAUAUCGUCGCAACCUGGAUGAUGCUUUUCCUGAUAAUAUGUGGGAAAACUACGAGAAAGUGUUUCAAACUGUUUGGAUUGCAAGUGCCUUUAAGGGAGCAUUGGCACCUGACAAUGACCUUGUUCCAAUUGAUUAUCAUACUUCUAACCAUUUAUCUUGGAUGAAAAUUAUUAAAUUCUAUCAAAAGAUCAAGUUUGAAGGUAUAGCAGUUACUGGGUGGUCUCGUUUCGAUCAUUACCAACCAUUAUGUGAGUUGCUUCCAGCCGGAAUCCCAUCGCUAGCAUUAUGCAUUGGCAUCUUAAAUUUCGGAAACCUUAACAAUCAACUAGUUCGGAAGGUAUCGAAUGCUUUUCGAUGUCAGAAAAAUAUCUCUUUAAGUUUUAGCUUUCAGGACUAUAUCCAGGAGAAGUGUCACUUUCCUGGAAGUAAAACAUUUGCAAUUAUCAGUAAAUGGAAGGUCAUUUAUAGUGAUCUCAUGGUACUUCGAAGAUUUUUUAACGAUCCGAUGGGCUACCAUGUUUACAAAGACAAAGCAAUCCUGGCUGAACCUAAGAAGAGUAUUCGAGAAUUAGAUCAGCGAAUAAAUGCUUUUAUACCAGAAGCAACUUUGGCUUUAAAUGAGAUAUAUUAUCCAAAUACGGUGAAUGAAUGGGUAGCAUCGAAGAAAAAAGCAGCUAAAGACCUCUUAAUUUCUCUACAGCAAUAUUCAUCAAAUUGA